GGUGGCUGCUUUGCUAGCGGCGGGUUGUUUUUUUGUUUUCGUUGGUUUUUUCGAAAACCAUAAGAUAUUCGCGAACACAUAAACUCAAACCACGCCGACAACAGACCAUAAAAUUUUACAAAAUUAAAGGUGAAGCCAGGAGGAUUAAUUGGCUGGCAAGCAGUGCAAACAUUCCAAGGCCCAGCAUCCUUUGGCCUCUUCUUCUUCCCCAUCAUCUUGUGCAUUCCUGGUUGCGCGAGUGUGUGAGUGCGUGCUACACCCUCGGCUGGAAAUUGUGUUAAAAAAUGAAUAAAAUUAAAGCUGCCAAUGGAAAUAUUGAUGCCAAAAUGAAAUGCGCGCGUGUGCAUUAAAUUAUCGCCACUCUCCAACUUCGGUUUGCACGGCCCAGGCAGCGGUGUGUGUGUGUUUCGCUUUUUUUGCAAUUAAUUAAAAAAACGCACCGAAGGUCGAAAAAAGUUCCCAGCUGUAUAUAUUUAAAUUUAUCUCACACACGGUGGUGGAAUUUGUGCCAGGGUGUGAGUACAAGCCGGGCAGAUAAACGAAAAAUCGGUCUCCAUUCGAAAUUGAUGUGCCAACCGAAGGGAAAGAGGAGCAGCCCGGCAGCAGAGCAGAAGCCACUUGGAUCCAGAAAUAAAUGGCCGCGGGACGCAGGAAACGCUUCCGUCUGAGGUGUCCGGAAAUAGAAAGCCGCUAGAAUGGACAAGCGAUCGCUGUGCCUGCUGGUCAUCUGCAUCAAAAUGUGCCUGGUCAUCUGGCUGGUCAGCUGGCAGCAGCCGCCGCUGCUGGAGUCCGAGAUGAUGGCCGAGGCAGCUGCCCUCGGCGGCGGUAGCAGAGGCGCCAGCAGCAGCUCCCCCCCGCCGCCGCCGGCGAGUGAGAGGAGAAGAGGCCUCAAGAGCGGAGGCAGCAGCGGAAGCGGCAGCGGGAGCAAUCCAAACCAAAUAACCCAGCCUAGUCGCACUCACCUUAGCUUUAACGAUAGCAUAGUUAGCAACACAUUCGAGAGGCCGGCGGCGCCCCCGCCACAGUCGUUGGCCCCCCAGACGCCCACCCCCCCGCAGAGCAGCAUGCACCUGAUGGAUCUUCCCAACUUCGCCUACAUCAUCGACCAACCGCCCUGCGAGCCGAGGGUGCAGGCCCUGGUGCUGGUCCACUCCGCGAUACCCAACAUCGAGAAGCGGCGGAUCAUCCGGCAGACGUGGGCGGAGCGCAGCUACAUCGACCGGACGCCCCUGCGGGUCAUCUUCCUGCUGGGCGGAGUGGGGGCCGGGGCCGAGAACUGGCAGCACUGGGUCGAGCGGGAGAGCACUCUGCACGGCGACAUCGUGCAGGGCAACUUCGACGACGCCUACCGGAACAUGACCUACAAGCAUGUGAUGGCGCUCAAGUGGUUCACCGAGAACUGCGCCCAGGCCCAGCUGAUGGUGAAGGUGGACGACGACGUCUACAUAAACACGCCGCAGCUGGUCAAGUUCUUGACGGAUCCGACCCUGCCGGAGCACGCCCUCCUCCACCAGCCGGAACUUCUGCUCUGCCGGCCCGUCAAGAAGUCCAGGGUGAAGCGCACAUAUCGCUCAAAGUGGAGGGUGACCUACAAGGAGUACCCCCACCGCUUCUAUCCGCCCUACUGCCCUGGCCUGGCCAUCGUCUACUCGCCGGAGGUGGUGCGCCGGCUGUACGCGGCGGCCCAGAAGGCCAACUACUUCUGGGUGGACGACGUCCUCAUUACCGGCGUCCUCACCGAGGCCACGGGCACCAAGAUCACCAAGCUGACGUACUACCUGGAUACGGCAGCAGUGCGCAAGCUGGUCCAGGGCGGCACUGACCUGGAUAAGCCGCCAUUCCUCUUUACCAGCGACGGCAUCCGUCCGGACGAGAGCCUGGCCCUUUGGCAGAUGACAGUGGAGAGCAACUACACGCUGACCACGCCAUCCUCCGCAUCCGCAUCAGCAUCCUUCUCUUCCGCAAACAUUUCGAGGUCGCCGUCGCCGACGAGCCGGGGCAUCAGCUAGUUUGACUGGCAACUAGAUCUGAGAUACGUUUAGUUUAUUUGGCUGUUCAGUUUAGGGUUUCGUUAAGCUUAGGUCCUAUUUUGUAGCUAUCUGUAAUGUUAACUGAUUAAUCUUAGGUAGCAUUUUUGUCGAGAGAGUCCGUGGGGACAGGACGAACAUAAAAUAACAGAAGGAACAUUGCAAGUCAAGUGAACCACCAACCACCUGCCUACAAUCAUUCGUAUCAUAUGAACGGUAACUAACCUAAGGAUUAUAACGAUAGCCAUGUACUGUACAUCCAAUGCGAGUCGCUCACCAACCAAACACACUGAAUACACCAUGAUGCGAGGGCGUCCUAACCUUAAGCACAACUCUUAUAGCGUAAGAAAUCUACAAAGUACUUAAUGAUCGAGAUGAUAAACCUAGAGAAUAUACUGGAUAUAACCAAACCAAAUAUGGAAACCCGCAUGACAAAGGACGAACCUAGAGGGUAGAUAUUAACAAAAGUUAUACGAUGGAUGCUUACACGAUAUUGUACUUUUUUGUAUUGUGAGUCCCAUAGAGAACUUGUAUUUUGUAGCUAUCCGAUACUCCCCUUUUUAUUCUCGUAAUUCCGUGGAAACCAAGCCAAUCUAUAAAUUUAAAUCUAGA